GCUCAUGAGGGAAUCCAUGGCGGAAUUAUGAAGCUUGCAACGAGACAAGAACUGCCUCAGUUACUCUCCGUCUAGUCGAGGGACUAGUGACUUGGUUUGCCAGCGCAAAGGACUUCAGAGGGAGGUGCGGGAAAAGAGUGCUGGUGUGCCAGUGUCGGAGCGGCGGCUGGCAGUCACAAAAUUGCAGCAGUCAAGUCAGCCUGGUUCCUUAGCAGGCGUAGUUCAGCGCCGAAAUGCUCAUCACUGCGACGAAUUGGCUGCACAUAAGAUUUCGCACGAGUUCAUUCACUCGCUUGCCGUGUCCAUGCUCCCACUUCCAUUCCCAUUCCCAUUCCCAUUCCCAUUCCCACUCCCACUAUUCUCAUUAUUCUCAUUCCUAUCUCGCCGGGUUCACCCAGACCGGCUAGCGCCUCGGUUUCGUCCCAGAGGGCUUUCUUCGUUUCCUGCCGUUUCACUUCGAACGAGGGGCUUCCUUCCAGCUACUGUCAGAGCCAGCUUAGCUACGAAAUUCCAAGGGCAAUUGGACAGUAUCGCAUAGGAUCGAGUAGGAUCGCAUAGGAUCGCAUAGGAUCGCAUAGGGUCGCACAGUAUCUGGGGUUUCAGCAUGAAUCGGAGAAGCAACGCGAGAGUAGCCGUGCAGCAGUCAGUGCUGCCGCAACGAGCUGCCGUUCUGUCGUUUGCUUCAACGUUUUCCGUCAACGGGUGCCGAGAAUCUCGGUUCUCGUCGACCGGCCAGAAUGCCUUAGACGCGGUGGCUGCUGAAGAAACAGCGACAUUGGCGAAAUCGGCGACAUUGACGAGUGCCGCGACUGCAGCAGCAGGAGCGGCAAGAGAAGCAGCUGAGGCGACGGCAGCUGCGGCUGCGGCCAGGCUUCCCCCGCCUCGAGCCUCCGCGCUUUCUUGCGGGCGGUCGUCCGUGUCUGCAGCGACAACCCCGCGAAAUUUCGACGACGGGGUUACGUUUCGCCGAGGAGGCAGCGUUGCGGAUAGCGUUUGGGGCAGCAGUAGCGGCAGCAAGAGCGUGGCCCGCAGGGACGGCGGCGGCGGAGACGGCAGCGGCGGCGGGGAGAGCAGCCGGGGCGCGGGGAGCGGGGGCAGGGGGAAGGAUGCGCAAGCGCAGCUGAUCUUCUACGUGGGGAUUGGUCGGCGGUCGGAUGGCGCAGUUAUAGUGGACCACGGGAAGCAGCGGAAGGUUCUCGGAACCUUGCUGUCGUCGGUGAUUGCGGAGCUGCCGUGCCACGUCAGCAGAUAUUCGCUGGGCUAUGGCCGCACCAAUCUGCUCUUCUCCCCCGCCUCAGAUGGCCUCGUCCCCUUCGCCAUGACCGACUGCUCCCUGAGCCGAGCAGACGGCUUCGCCCUGCUCUCCCAAGUCAGGGUCGCCUUCCUCUCCUGCCUCCUGCCACAACCCUCUCUGGGGCUUCCUCUGCCCGCCGCCGAUUGGUCGAGAAGCAUAGAUCAAGAUCACGGCUCGGCCCAGGCCCAGGAGCACGUGCAAGCACAAGAGCAAGAGCAAGAACAAGCCCAAGAGCAGGAGCAAGAGCAAGGAGUAGGGUCAGGCGAGAAUCAAAACGAGUCUCAAGACCAGGGUGUGGCCUGCAGUCUAUCCAGCAGUUUGCCGUCCAGCUCCAGCUCAAGUGCGGCGGCCACUGGCUUGUCAGCCGGAGUGGCAGCUGUAGAGGCAGCCGAGGAAGAGAGAGCUGGCCGUGAUGCAGAAAGGAUAGGCAGUGACACAGAGAGGAUGGGCCAUGGAGGAGAGGAAGCAGGGAAGGUUGUUCUUGAGGCGCCUCAAAAAGAAAGAACUGGUCGUGGUGCAGAAAGGAUAGACAGUGACACAGAGAGGAUGGGCCAUGGAGGAGAGGAAGCAGGGAAGGUCAAUGAGGCGAGUCAAGAGGUGAGAAGAGAACAGGUAGGAGAGGAAACAGGGCUGGUGGUAGCAGUAGCAGAAGUUGAGGCAGCGGCAGAGCAUUCGAGAGCGGAUAGAGCUUUAGAUGCUGCAGAGCAGCACAGUGGAGAUGACUGUUAUUUAUCAGGGGAGCAACAGGAGAGCCAGCUAGGACCAGCCAAUGGGCAGGCAGGACCUGGGGAAGUUUCUCAGGCAGAUGGGCAGGCCAUGGACCCCAUCGUCCCAUCUCAGCCGUUCCCUCGCCCCAUCCAACGGUCGAGAUCAUCCUGCCACUCAACGGCCCUACUCCAAGAGCUACUUAGUCCCCACCUGGAGUUCCUAGUGUGGAUGGUACGGGGCAAGCUCGUACCCAAACCACGUAUGGAUCUCUACCCAGACGCACCGCACGCGUACCUUAUAACGAAGAAGCUUGUAAAGAAUCCUGCUCUGGUGGGCACAGGAGCCGGCGAGGGAGUGGCGGAGGAAAGGUUUGGGGAUGGGAAUAAGGAUGGAUUGGGGUCCGUGACGAGUAUGGGUGUGAGUAUAAGUGCCGGUGGGAAGGCGCUAAGUGCGCGGGAGAGCCUCAUGAGCGAGUUAUCUGAUGCUUUGAGGGACGUGGAAGAUGGGGAUUUGGGCGCGGCGCUGGUGGGAAGGCGGAGGGGUAAAGAGGCCCGGCGGCGGCGGUGCAAGUCGGUCGGGGAGGAGCUGCUGCUCGGGAGAGAUGCGAUCUCCAGGGGUGAUGGCAAGAGUGAUGGCCACGGGAGCGCCGGAGGUGAUGGCAGUGGGAGCAAUGGGGCAGGUGACGCUAGAAGCGCUGGGUGUUGGAGUGGGAGCAGUGGGGAUUCGGUAGGAAGCGAGGAUGAUGGCGUGUGGUGCGACUUUCCGCCCUCCAGCUCUGGCCUCAUGUAUGGGCUGGGAAGCCCUGUGGUCUCUGCCAGGUCUAGGGCGUAUUCCAGGCCAGUAGGAGACGGGUAUUCGAAAAGUGGGGCAGUGGGUGGGAUGGGGAUGGGCAUGGGCAUGCAUGCUGGGAGGCCGUCGGCCCAGCGGCUGCAGCUGCUGCAGCUGUCACCUCCGUCUCUUGCUGUGUGUGCCGCGGCGGGGGGAGCGGGAGCAGGGGGAGCAGGGGGAGCCGGAGGAGCAGGGGGAGCAGGGGGGGCAGGGGGAGCAGUAGGAGCAGGGGAGGCAGGGGGGACAGGGAGUGUGAGAGGGAUCGGCGAACCAGCACAGGUGCAACAACUUCAUCACCACCAGCAGCAUCACCAGCAGCAGCAGCAGCAGCAGCACCAGCACCACCAGCACCAGCACCACCACCAGCAACAGCUGCAGCAAAUCCCUGGGAUGCCACAAUUUUUUGGUUUGUCCCAGUCAAUCGCUGCUCUUUCGUCCUUCUCAACCCCUCCUCCCACCACCUCUGGCGCACAUGCUGCUGGGCUGCCAGGGCUCGCCCCAACCAGUGCAGCAGCAGCAGGAGGCGGAGAGGCAGCAGGAACAGCAGGAGCGGCAGUUUCUGCUGGGAACCCAACACUUGCCUCCAACUCAUCAGGACCGACGACCGCCUGCUCAGUAGCAGCAGCGGAGGCUACAGCAGGGGCUUCAGCACCAGCUGUCUCGGCACAAGUUUCACAGUCAGCACUGUCAGCUAUCGGCUCUUUCACAGGCAGCAGCAGCCCUAGCCCGUACCAGCAUGGCACGCGGCCAGGCAGGGCCAGCUGGGGCGGCCAAUCGUGCAGCGUCCCACCCACUGAGGCUGCUGCCGCUGCCGCUGGUGGUGGUGCUGCUGGUGCUGGUUCUGCUGCUGUGGCUGGUGUUGGUGCUGGUGUUGGUGAUGGUGCCAGAGGUGGUACUGCCGCUGCUGCUACUGCUGCUGCUGCUGCUGCUGUGGCUGCUGCUGCUGGUGUUGGUGACUAUGGGUGUGGUGGUGGGGGAGGUGCAGGAGGGAGUGGGUUUGGAAAGGACGCUUCCAAGCUUCGCCGAGUCUUCUCCAAGCCACUGUCUCCGAUGCUGCGCGGUGCGUGGAACAUCUUCCAAGGCACCUCCUCGAGAGAGGCAGACACGGCUCGGGGGGUGGCCGGUGUGGACGUUGACGGAGAGAUUGGUGCAGCUGCAGCUCCUACCGCUGCUGCUGCUGCUCCUGCCGCCGCUAAUGCUGCUCCUGCCACUGCAAAUGCUGCUGCUGCUGGGGCUGCUGCUGCUGCUGAUGCUGCUGCGGCUACGGCUGGUGCCAGUGCGAGGAGCACACCUCAGGCAGUCUUCGAGCAGAGGCUCUCUCUGGCAGCCAUCGGAAGGCGGAGGUCAUUUGCAGCCCGAGACAGUAGGAAUGGCAAUGGCUCUCGCACCAGGAGGCGCUCAUAUGCUGGUACUGGUGGUUCUGGCGCUGGUGCUGCUGGUGUUGAUGGUGACGGUGGGGGUGGGAGUGUUGGUGGGAGUGUUGGUGGGAGUGGAAGUGUGGAUUCAGGGAAUGGGGGCAAGAGGUGGGGUGGUCUAGCCAUGAAGCCUCUUUGGUCAAGUUUCCGACAAAAGAAAGAUGCUCAGGGCUAUGCUCUGUAGUGCCAGCAACCUGUUACGCUUCGUAGUGCUAGUAACAUUCCUCCUUGACACUAUUCUUCGGGGGUUGUAGCAGUCCUACAUGUACCCUUCAAUCAUCCCAAGCUCCUUCCAUUUGGCAACUUCCAUAAUUCCAUAUGGAAACUUCCAGUUGUACCUGCACUUAAAGUGU